UACAUCCAAAGUCACCCAUCCCUUUAUCUUGUGAUCCAAGUAGAGAACGUUCUCGUGUUUCCCAGACUCUUCCAGACUUCUCCUUCCCCUGCUUAUAUAGCCUCCAAGUCUCCAGCCCCUUGGCAACCCAAACUGAGCUUCAAUUCAACAAGAAAGCAAUCAUCUACUCCCCAACCCUAGUUUUCUACUCACCAUGGCUGCUGCCACCGCGUGCGCCGUCACAAAUCUGAUUCCCUCCACUCCCUCCUCCUCCCUGUUUUCCAGGCAAAACUUGAGACCCCAUAGGCUCAUGGUAUCGUUCCCAAUCAAGCACCCCCGUUCCUCCAUCCUCGCUUCCGCCACACCUGAAAACAAGGAUGGCUCCUCCAUCGAGGUGCACGUCGGCCAGAACCCCAACAAGCAAGGCGCCGCCGUCGAGCGGCGGCCUCGCCGCUCCACUCUCGACAUCUCUCCUUUCGGGCUGACGGAUCCGCUGUCGCCGAUGAGGACGAUGAGGCAGAUGCUGGACACGAUGGACCGGAUCUUCGACGACGCGAUGUCGUUCCCGGGGUCGGGCCGGACGUCGGUGGGGGAGAUAAGGACGCCGUGGGACAUAAUGGAGAACGAGAAUGAGGUGAAGUUGAGGUUCGACAUGCCGGGGCUGUCGAAGGAGGAGGUGAAGGUGUCUGUGGAGGAUGACAUGCUGGUGAUCAAAGGAGAACACAAGAAGGAGGAGGCGGGAAGCAAAGGAGAAGAUUCCUGGUGGAGAGGAAGGAGCAUGAGCACGUACAACACCCGGGUGCUGCUACCGGAGAACUGCGACAGGGACAAGGUGAAGGCUGAGCUGAAGAACGGGGUGCUGCUGGUUACCAUCCCCAAGACCAAGGUCGAGCGCAAGGUCAUUGACGUUCUGAUCCAGUGACGCACCUAAUGUCCAUCAUAGUGAUGUUUUUCUAUACGUUAUGACGUUUUAGUUUUGUUUGCGAGUUCAGAUCUGUGUUGAACUUUUGAUUUUUUACGUAAAGAGAGAAUAAUUUAGAAACGAUUUUUUGCUUCGUUGUCUGUUUAGAGUCCUUGUUUUGUUGCAUUCCUUUGUUGUUCGAUGUUAGUGAUUAUUUCCUUUACGCGGGAAGAG